ACGAACAUUAAUAUUAAUCAUAAUAUAAUGUUUGUUGUUAUUUGUUAACACUUGUUGUCGUCUACUGCUUGGUGUUAACUCACUGCUUGUCAGUUAUUCACUUGUCAGUUGUCGUUUGUCGCGUCUUGUUUGUUCAUUGAUCACACUAAAAUUAUAGACUUCUAUAAGAUUGACGGUUGUCUGUUCUCCAUUGAAAAAAUAUUCUUUACUUUUGGGAGCUAGACACGUUAUAAGAAUUUGUUUUAUUGUUACCACUUCACCUGAUAGGUACUGCCUAUAUUGAAGAAUAAAUAUACGAUUUAUUAAAUCUAGAUUAAACUUGUAAAUCAUAAUGAACAGCAACUAUAAAGUUUGCUCUACCAUUUCUGAUGUGAAGUCGGCGAUUUCGUCUGAAAAUAAUUCAUUCGAUGUUCGCAUUGAAUCUGAUUUGCCCGAAACAACGAAAACUGAGAAAUGUAUUCUGGGAAUCGACGAAGCUGGCCGUGGUCCUGUCCUUGGUCCAAUGGUGUAUGGUACGUCUUACUGCUCAGUAGAUAAUCAAGCUAUACUUAAGACAUUAGGAUGUGCUGAUUCUAAAGUUUUGUCUGAACAAGCUCGAGAUAAUAUCUUUGAUGGAAUAACCAAACAAUCUGAAAUACUUGGAUGGGCUGUACACAUUAUAUCACCAACUACAAUAAGCAAUUGUAGCUUUAGGAGGCAAAAGUGUUCUUUGAACGAAAUUUCACAUAAUGCUGCUAUUGGUUUAAUACAACGAGUUUUGGAUAGAGGAGUAAAUAUUUGUGAAGUAUUUGUAGAUACUGUUGGACCACCUGAAAAGUACCAAGAAAAAUUACUAUCAAUAUUCCCUCAACUAAAAAUCACAGUAUCUAAAAAAGCUGAUUCUUUGUUUCCAAUUGUAAGUGCGGCCAGUAUUUGUGCCAAAGUAACUCGUGAUGCUGCAUUAAAAAAUUGGAAAUUUGUUGAAAGACCUGGAGAAGAUGUCGAUUCAAAUUGGGGAAGCGGAUACCCAAAUGAUCCUGUAACAAAAGAAUAUUUAAUGAAAAAUAUAGAUCCAGUUUUUGGAUUUCCUAGUAUUGUACGAUUUUCUUGGUCUACAGCAGAACUGGUACUAAAAAAUAAUGCUGCACAAGUAGACUGGUCUGACGAAGAAGAGGAUGAAGACAAAAAAUCAGUACCUAUUACUUCCUUUUUUGGUAAAAAUAAUAAACAAGUUCAACAAAAAACGCCUUUUUUUGAUGAUAGAGGCUUAAUAGUUACAACUAAAUUUUAGUAAAUGAUAAAUUGUUGUUUUAUAUUUAAUUGUUCAAUCUAAAUAAUUAUAGUUGCUAUUAAUAUAUAUUUUUUCGAAUCGUAUAAUGUCAACAAUAUUA